AUGGCGUUGAGUUACUUUAAUGAAAGCGAGGCACCCCGGGACUUCCGAGUAUCUUCGACGGAGAGUGAUGGCCACUACAAGAAAUGUCUCCUUUGUUACACCGUGAAAAAGAACUUCUAUUGUCCAGAUUGCGUCAGGGCGGGCAAUUUCGUACAUUCGUCUAUGCCUUAUGCUGAUAGAUAUGCAGAGAAACAAGGAAAACUACUCCGCGUUAAAGUGAACCGUAAACAUGUACUGGACCAAUGUGAGAGACUGUUAGCAAAUAAACUAAAAAGGGACACAUUAGUGACAGAGGCCAAGCAGUCCAGAGACAAACUAGAGCUCCUUAGACUGGCCAUACAACAGAGACGCAGAAACAUCGAAGAAAAACGCAGAGAACUGACAGAACUUAGAAACUACAACAAUGAGCUGACAAUAAAGUUACCAAGGUACCAGAAACGAGUGACAAGCCUCGGCAAACAUGCAGAGGUGCAGAGAAUGGAACUGGAGAACAAAGUCAGUAUGUACACGGAACAAACAGACGCAUUGGCAGCUUUACGAAGAUCUCGGAUACGACAGCUCACCAAAUACAUUUUCCCUGUUUAUAUUACCUAUGAUACCAGCGAGAGUAUAGAGGACAUGGAGUUUAUAGGCGAGGACACGGAGGAGGAGCCCCCGCACCGGCCGCAGCUACACAUCGUGGCGCCCUGGAUACACACGGAUGGAGACUUCUCGCAAGUACAGGCCUGGCUCCGGCAGAACAAAGACAUGGUGGCCGCGCCCCCGGGCGGCGCGGGCGGUGCGGGCGGGCGGGCGGUGCUUGCCCGGGCGCGCGCGCGUGCGCGGCGCUGUCGCUGUGCGCGCAGCUGGUGGCGCUGCUGGGCUGGGCGCUCGACGCCAGGCUGCCGCACACUAUCGCACUCAACGAGUACAGCACCUGGCGCGCGUGGGAGGGCGGGGCCGGUCGCGCGCGGCGGCUGGGCGCGGCGGCCGCGUGGCUGGCGGCGCGCGCCGCGCUGUGUCCGCCGCACGGCCCGCACGCGCCGCACGCGCUGUCCGCGCUGCACUCGCUCGUCGUCGCCGCCAACACUGACGACCCCAUGCUGGGCAGAGUGGAGUCGUGGACGAGUAGUUGCGACGCGGCGGCGCGGUCCGUGUGGGCCGAGGCCAUCGCCGCGCUCGGGGACCUCGACACUGACGACACUGAGCCGCCUGAACAUCUACACUGGCCUGAGGCCAUGGAGAUGGAGGAGUUGA